AUGGUUCGCAGCACCAUCGAAGUCAUAAGGCUGGCAUUGCUUUUCUCUUGAGCAGCAUGUCGCUCCCGACAACAGCUACAUCUCCAGCGACCACAACGUGGGCCAAGCUCUCUGUCUUCGCGGGAUGGCCGCUAUGCAGGAGUGAGUGGUAUUGUGGAAAUCUUCAUCAGAAUCGGCUUGCUGAGCGCUUCGUAGAAAUCUCGUCCGACAAGGCCAGCCUGUGGCUGAAAGCCGCGGCAUCUUCAGCAAACUGCCACCGUUGUCCAUUCCACGUCGAAGAGCAAAGACCGACGCCAAGAGCCCGGUGAGCCGUCAAGACUCGUUUUCUGUCGUCUCGCCAACUUCCGCAUCCAAAGCGAUUGCUAGCAUUGGAUCGGCUCUCUCUAAGAUCGGAAGUCAUAGCCCGUCCACGGCACAGGCGGAGAAGGGCCAUGCUAGCACACCGAGCCCACUUCGGCCCAAAGACGGCUCCUUCAUCUGGCAAGGCUCUACGCGCUCUCCCAAUGUCUCCUCAAGUUUCGAUACUGCUGAUGGCGGCGAGGUAUCCCCUGGCAGCCGUCCUGUCCCCAAAAGGGGAUCUUCUUCGCAUACUGGUGUGCUUUCGGACGACUUUUCCGACGAAGAAGACUACGUGGAUGCCACCUUGAACGCCUACUCAGAGGACCUCCAGGAGGUGAUGCAGGAGAUCACGCUAGCCGACGAAUCUGCAGCUACCGCAGUGUUCUCUCAAACUGCGAGCCCAACACCGAAGAGGAGCACUCGACCUGCUUUGAAGCUGGACACAUCUAUCGCCCGAGAAUCGAGCGACCCUUGCGAAGCCCACAUGAGCAGCCCGGCUGUUAGAUUCGCUCGAGAGACCAGUUCAGAAGCAGAUACUGCACUUCCUGCUGUGCCCGGUCCCAGUAACCAGACACCAUCCAGUUCCACAGCAUCGAGCAUCGAUUGGGACCCCGCGAAUCCGGGACAUGAUACAUGGAGGGAUAUCUCAUGGGACGAGAGGGUACGAGACACAACCUCCCUACCGCUUUGUUGAAGGAUCAGAAAGCUAAUAUACUUGCAACAGCAACAACACCGUACCAAAGUCAUGUCCGAUAUGUCUUCUUUCAACUGGCGAGGAGCGCUUCGACGACGAAAGUCCCCGCCAUCGCCCUCCAUGAGCCCACGAGGCUCCGCAGUAGAUAAGCCCGCUGAUGUCGGAAACCUCAUAGCCAAGGACGAUGCCUCGACACCGAAACCCCACAGACCCCGUGGCCCCAUCGCCGCCCGCUCAGAUCUCUCAGCAGACUUCAAACUUUCCCACGAGCCCAUGACCAGAACCACGAAAUCAGGCUCCAUCGUCCGAGAUUUCGCUUUUGGAGGAGAUGCUUUCCCGACAGAACCUGACCUGGACUCGCCAAUCUCCAGCUCCGCGUCGGGAACCUCAGAGCCGGAGAACAACACAACAACACGCGAAAGCCACUUCUCGACUGGCUGCGAAGAAGCAAUCCGAUUUACAAAAGAAGAGGAAGAAGAGGAAGAAGAAGGACCCCUCGCGCCCAAACCCUCCCUAGCCUCACCAAUCCCACGAGAAGAAAAUUCCUACCCAACAGCCCCUCUCCUCCCUCACGAGAUCCUCUCACCACCACCACCACCAUCAUCCUCAUCCUCAUCAGGAGAAGAAAAUCCUCUCUCCGUCCCCCCACCACCACCACCACCACAAGACAAACCCUCCAAACACAAACGCUCCCCGACCCAGACCACGCAACAACUCACCCAGAUCCGCUCGCGGGGCGAAUCCAUCGGCCUCCCAGACAUCACCAUGGACCGACACGUCCUCGCGGCCGGGUAUGAGAUUUCCCAGCGGGGCAUGUUUCGGAGCAUGGGGUACGGCAAGAAAUUCCGGCUGUGUGAGAAUCGAGGGCCGAGUGGGAAGCAGCGGGUUUUGUUCCGUGUGGAUGAAACGGGGGAAGGGAGUGGGAGUGGGAGUGGGAGUGGGAGUGGGAGUGGGAAGGAAAAGGGAAAGGGAAAGGGAAAGGGGAGGUUGAGAGGGGCGACGGUGUGA